AUGCAACUUCCGUUGACACACAAGAAGUUGUGGAAAGGGGUUACGGACCCGGAGGGUGAUGCGGAGAGGACCGAGGAAGCAAAGGCUUUGAUAGGUUUGCACGUCAGGCAACAACACCUAGGGGCAAUCUUAGCAGCUGAGAAUGCCAAGGUAGCUUGGGACGCGCUGGAAAAGACCUACAAGAGCAAGAGUGCGGCUCGAAAGUUGCAACUCCGGCAUGAGAUGAGCACCCUCAAGAUGCAGCUCGGUGAGUCCGUUGCCGGGUAUGUGGGAAGGGCACAGGACCUUUAUCGAGAUUUGCUAGCCGCCGGCUCCGAUAUGAAGCCGGAAGAUCUCUCCUUCAGUGUGCUUGCCGGGUUGUCAAGCCGGUUUGAACAGGUGGUAACAGUGUUAACGACCACCAAGGAGGAGCUAGACAAGGUGGAGGAGCUUCUUCCAACGUUGCAAGUGUUUGAGCAAAGGCAAGGGCUGUUUGGGGAGCAAGACAGCGGGGCCUCGGGCUCGGCAACGGCGGUGGCCUACGCGGCCAAGGGUGCCAACUUUGCCGGUAAGGGCAAGGGUGGCUCGGGAAAGGCUUCCAUGCCUUGCCACAAAUGUGGAAAGUUGGGGCACUUUGCAAGAGAGUGCCGGUCCGGGGCUCGGGAGCCCGAGAAGCCCAAGACGGGGAAGAAGUGCUACACUUGCGGUAGCCCGGACCACUUGAAGAAGGAUUGCCCAAAGAAGGAGGAAACCGGGGGCCGGCAAGGGAUUGCCUUUGUAGCCGGGGAAGGGCCGGAGACCGGAAGGUGGAUUGUCGACUCCGGGGCGAGCCAACACAUGACGGGGAUUAAGAACUC